AUGGCUCAAUCGACAAGUAUCGCCAUUCCCGGCCAAGUGCUGGGUUUAACAAGCGAAUACCUCCCCGGCCCCGGCGUCCACGUCCACAACUCCACACUGUACGCCUCCAUCCUCGGGCCCGUGUCCAAGACCGUGCCUCCAAAGCCUGCCGGGCCGCAGAAGAGAUUGACAAAGAUCACGCCGGCCGCGCCCGUCGCGCUCCCCACCCUCUCCAUUGAACGGAAUUUCACUACUGCUGGGGAGAGCGGGACGGGAAAGAAGGAGAUCUUGCCGGAGGUCAACAGCACGGUGCUGUGCAGGGUGACCCGGAUUGCGCCGCGGCAGGCGACCGUGGCCAUACUGGUGGUGGGCGAGACGGUGCUGGAUGGGGAGUGGCAGGGCAUCAUCCGCGUGCAGGAUGUACGCGCGACGGAGAAGGAUAAAGUGAAGAUCUUUGAGAGCUUUAGGCCGGGGGAUAUUGUGAGGGCGAACGUGGUUUCGCUAGGUGACCAGUCGAACUACUACCUCUCGACGGCGACGAAUAGCUUGGGUGUUAUUAUGGCCACGAGCGAGGCAGGGAAUCCGAUGUAUCCGGUUAGCUGGAAAGAGUAUCGGGAUCCGGAUACCGGGGCGAGCGAGAGCAGGAAGGUUGCGAAACCAUUCUGA